AUGGCAUCUUCUGGAGGAUCUAAUGCUACUAAUGAAGUAGAUAGAUCAUUGAGGCGUGGGUCAAACGAUGUUGGAUGGGACUUUGCGGUGUUGGCGGAUCCACACAACUUAGAUAAGUUGAAGUGUAAGUUGUGUGGAAAAGUAAUUAGUGGUGGAAUACAUAGAAUGAAGCAACACAUUGCCAACAUCAAGGGGAAUGUUGCCUCAUGCAAGAAUUCUACGGAUGCCGAUAAAGCCAAAUGUAUAGCCACAAUAGAGGGAGCAAAAAUUAAGAGAAAGCAAAAGGAUAUGCAUGAGAAGGAAGUGAGGGAAGAAGUUGAAGUUUCUCAAUCACAUGAUGUAGAAGAUGUAGAAAUUGAAGGGCCAAGUUUGUCAAGAAAAAGGCCGCACUUUCUUGGGCCUAUAAACAAGUGGGUGUAUGAAGCCGGCAUUCCAUUUCAUGCCAUUGAUAAUGAUAGCUUCAAAAGAUUUGUAGAAGCGGUUGGUCAAUUUGGCCCGGGUUACCGACCUCCAACUCAAUACCAACUAAGAGAGCCAUUGUUGAAGGAAGAGUUUGAGAGGACGAAAAAUUCACUCAAGAAGCAUGAAGAAGAGUGGGCAAAGAAUGGUUGUUCCAUUAUGACCGAUGCUUGGAGUGACCGAAAAAGAAGAAGUAUUAUGAACUUGUGUGUUAAUUGCAAGGAAGGCACUACUUUUCUUUCUUCAAGGGAAGAUUCGCAUCAAUCACACACCGGGGCCUAUAUCUUUGAAUAUGUUGACAAAUGCAUUGAAGAAGUUGGGGCACAAAAUGUUGUUCAAGUAGUGACGGAUAAUGCUACUAACAAUAUGGUGGAGGGGAAUUUGUUGAAGAUAAAGAGGCCAAAUAUAUUUUGGACUUCAUGUGCCACUCAUACAUUGAAUCUCAUGCUUCAAGGGAUUGGUAACCAACCAAAAUUCAAAGGAGUGAUUGAGAAGGCAAAGGCAUUCACUAUCUUUAUCUAUGCAAAUCACAAGACAUUGGCUUUGAUGAGGAAGCAUACAAAGAAAAGAAACAUAGUGAGGCCGGGAGUCACUAGAUUUGCCACUUCCUUUCUAACUUUGCAAAGCUUGAAGGAGAAGAAGAGUGAGUUGAGGUGUAUGGUUGCUUGUGAUGAUUGGACCGCUUGCAAACAUUCUAAGAGUGCUAAGGGGAAAAUGGCAUAUAAUACCGUAUUGAGCACCUCUUUUUGGAAUGGGGUAACACUUUGCUUGAAAGUGUUUGCUCCUUUGUUUAAGGUGCUUCGCCUUGUGGAUGGGGAUAAAAAGCCAUCAAUGGGCUUUUUGUAUGGAGAAUUACUCAAGGCAAAGGAAGACAUUAAAGAGGCAUUCAAACAUCAAGAGGCCAAUUAUCGGCCAAUUAUAGAGAUUAUUGAUGAGAAAGCCCGUGGUCGUCUUGAUAGUCCAUUACAUUUGGCGGCUUACCUCUUGAACCCCUAUUACUUCUACAAGGAUGAAGACAUUCAAUAUGAUCAUGUUGUCAUGGAAGGGUUCUUUCUUUGUGUGGAGAAGUUUUUUCCCGAUGACCUUGAGACCCAAAGUGUGGUGACAAAUGAAGAAUUGUUGAUGUAUAAAAGCAAAGGGGGUGGAUUUGGAAGAGCAUUAGCUAAGUUGGGAUGUGCAAAGAAUGAUGACAAGUAUGAUCCGGUUGGAUGGUGGUCCAAUUAUGGAAGUGGAACACCCAAAUUGCAAAAAAUGGCUAGAAGAAUACUCUUUUUAACUACAAGUUCAUCCGGGUGCGAAAGGAAUUGGAGUACUUUUGAGGGAAUCCAUACAAAGAAAAGGAAUAGACUAGAUGCUUCAAGAUUGAAUAAUCUAGUCUAUGUCCAAUUCAAUGCCAAGAUUAUUAACAAAAAGAGAAGGGCUCAAGAGUUGGGUGUGGAUGUGCUACUUGGUAAUAAAGCUAGCAAGGCUCAAGGGUGGAUUGUGGAUGGUGGUGAUGAAGAAGAUGACUCGGAUAUUAUUAGUGAAAUAGAGGGAGAGUCUUCGGGAGUGGAUAGUGGGCUUAGGAGAAGUUCUAGAAAUGUAGAGGUAAGAGAGCUUCAUGAUGAAGAUUUUGUAUCGGAUGAGGACACGGAAGAGGAGGGAGAAGAAGAGGAUGUUGAGUUUGAGUCCGACACCGAAGGAGUCUUGGAUGGAUAUGGAGAAGAGUUAGAGAUUUAG